UAGAAAUCCAUUCGGCGUGUCUAUAUGAUUAAAGGUCAAUGUGUUAUUUUAUUUAUGGAAGUGAAUUCGAUUUAGCAGAUUGACCAGCAUGGAGGAAAGGGUGUUUCUGAAGAGGCUUUAAGAACAGUUCAAACAAAGUGCUUCUCUGCUUUCAUUGCAGGCAGGGCACGGAGAACACAGAGUCUCAGACUUUCACUGCUCAGGAGCUAAAGAAAGCACUGAAACAUUUUAAAGAAGCUGCCGUGGUGCCCACUGAUGAGGAGAAGGAGGCGGCAGAGGCGUCAAGGGCUCAGUUCCACCCCCUGGAGGAGCUCAAGAGAGACAUGGAGGUGCUCAGUUUGAUGAUGGAGACAGACUUCCAGAUCAUGUCUCGCCUGCUACAGCAGUUCAACAGCUCUGCAGCCUCGCUGGAAGAGAGGAUCUCUGCACUGCGAGAGCUGGAGUACCUCAUACACCAGGUGGACAAUGCCCAGGAUUUCGUCACCAUUGGGGGGCUGCAGCUGGUCAUCGGCACCCUGAACAGCUCUGAGCCAGUGCUGCAGGAACACGCUGCUUUGGUGCUGGGCUCUGCACUCUCCAGGUAACACACACUCCUGCCCCUGUCAGGGUGACCCUCUGUGUGUCUCUUCUCUGCUCACGCUGUGCCCCUGUCUCUGUGCCACUUCUCUGCUUAUGCUGUGCCCCUGUCUCUGCAGUAACCCCGUGGUGCAGGUGGGGAGUUUUGUCAUGAGAUAGAAGUAAUGAAAUGAAAGUAAUGAAAACCCCAUGAAAUUGUAAAACUUGUUUGUCUUCCUUUUACACUCAUGCAGCAAAGAUUGAAAUAGGUUAUUAUGAAGCAGUCAGUGAUACAAACAGAAAGCAAUUCUAGAAACCAGCAUUGAGACAGCUGGGUUUCAUCAGACUGAAAUAUAAAAGAUGCAGGGCUGAACCUGCCUGUGGACUCAAUGGACACCCUCAAUAGUAUGAACUGUGCACCGCGCCUGCAUACUGUAUCAAGUACUUGCCUUUCUGUGGAAAACAGGAAUUCAUUUACACAGCUGUGUGUAAGCUUUUGUAAGUAAUAAAAUAACGUAUGGAUGUUUGUGUUUCUCAUGUGGUCGUCGUGCACUCCCGCCACGCGAGGGUGAUGGCAGUGUAAUUGAUUUCAUAGUGAAAUGUUUUAAAUCCUUAAUCCUGAGCUGGUGAUUUUUUUAAAAGUGGAAAACCAUUCUGCCAAUUUUACGAUAACCAGAUGGCUAAUUCAGAGUCCUCUCGUUAACAAGGCUGUUCUGCUUUUGAAAACAGGGAAGUUAUGUACACACUGAGGUGCAGUAAGGGGGUCUCAGAUUAGUGGAAUCACAGUCUGUUGAGUGUAUGAUAGAAUUACCAGCUGC